AUAAUCAAUAGAAUUUGAACAUGAAAGUCAAACAUUUUUUAGUCAAAACAAAUACUCGUAUGUAAUUUUGGUUGAACGUGGAAAACGAGAGGAGAAUGAAAGAAAGAAGAACGCGGUGCUAAUAAAAUUGUAAUCACAAGACUGACCAAACCACAAAACCUAACCAAUAAAUAAUCGAGUCAAUUCAUUCAUCCAUUUGUAGAUUCUCAGCAUUAACAUUUCUAAAAGAACCCAUCAAAAAUUUCUGCUUUUCUUAUCUUCAAAGUUUUUAAUCUCAUCAGAUUCAUCCGCCGUGCUGGCAGCCGGUGGGUGGUGGCCGGAAAAUUUUUGUCCGACUUUCUGCACCACACAGAAGCGAAUCAGAGUGCCGGGCCCUACGGAAAUCAGCUACGAUUCUUUAUCUAUCGCUUACACUUCUUAUCUUUACUCUCAUCCUCUAAUCCAUACCUUUUGUCGUCUUAUUCACCCCAAAAUUUAUACUUUAUUCCUUCUACACCUUCUUAUCUUCCUCUUUGUGAGACUCCUUUCACCGCUUUAGUCCAUCGAACGUUUCUAAAUCUUCAAUUUGUAACUCGAUUGGACUAGGGUUUUGGGUAUUUUUUUUGGGGUUUUGGGUAGGGGAGGUUGAGGGUAUGGAUUUGGUUGGGGCUAUGUUGAAGAUCUUACAAGGACCUAAUCUAUGGAAUGUGUUGCCGGAUCUUAUGAUGUUCAUGUUGCCUCUUUGGACGGCGGUUCUUUUUGGGGUUUUGGUUGGGUGGGUUUGGCGACCCAGAUGGGCUAAUUCCGCCAUUAAUAACUUAUCCACCACUUGUCUUCCCCCAAAGAAUUACUCUUCCAUCGACAUCGUUUCUUCAAUUCCGAGCUUCAAUUCGUUAAAAUCUCAACUCCCCAGUUGUCUUUUCCCGUUCUCCGAUGGGUCGCCGGAGGUUUCCUCGUCCGAACCGGCUUCAAUUUCAUUCUCCGAUACCAGUUCAUCGAAAUUGGAUACAGAAAGAAAGAAUUUCGUUGGAGAAGGUGAUUUGGAGCAUUUAUCCAAACUUGUCGAAGAGAAAGAUGAAGGUCCUUCUUGGAUUGGUAUGAUGGAAAAAUCGACCUCAAAUAUGUCCUAUCAAGCUUGGAAGAGAGAGCCUGAGAUUGGACCUCCACAAUAUCGUUCAAGAAGUGUGUAUGAAGAUACUACUCCUGAAUUAAUGAGGGAUUUCUUUUGGGAUGAUGAAUUCCGAUUAAAGUGGGAUGACAUGUUAAUUGAAGCCGAAACAUUGGAAGAGUGUCAAGAAAAUGGAACAAUGGUGGUUAAAUGGGUUCGCAAGUUCCCCUUCUUUUGUAGCGAUAGAGAAUACAUAAUUGGGCGUCGAAUUUGGGAUUCAGAUAAAACGUAUUAUUGUGUUACAAAGGGCGUACAAUACCCCUCCGUGCCUCGCCGUACUAAACCAAGACGCGUUGACUUGUACUAUUCAAGUUGGAUGAUUCGUGCAGUUGAAUCAAGAAAAGGCGAUGGAGAAAUGAGUGCAUGUGAAGUACUGCUUUUUCAUCACGAAGACAUGGGAAUCCCAUGGGAAAUUGCAAAACUUGGUGUACGUCAAGGAAUGUGGGGAGCAGUAAAAAAGAUUGACCGAGGUUUACGGUGGUAUCAAAAACACAUGUCAUCGGGGGCCCCACUUUCUCAUUGUGGAUACAUGGCCCACAUCAAUUCAAAAGUUAGCCAAGCCCAUUUAAGAUACUUGAACAACAACACAACAAACGAUUCAACACAAGAAAUCGAAAGAUGUGAAGAAUUAGUGAAUGAUGAGAAGCCAUCGGGGAAGAAUCUUGGAAAGAUUUUGGUGGUAGGAGGUGCUAUUGCACUUGCAUGUACUGUUGAUAGGGGAUUGUUGACAAAAGCAGUUAUAUUUGGAGUUGCAAGAAGAUUUGCUAAAAUGGGAAGAAGAUUUGAUGUUGCAGCUUAUGAUGAUGAUGAGAGAGUAUGA